AUGGAGCCGGGGCAGCCCGACCCUGGAGUCCCGCCCCCCGUCGACGUCCCCGACGCCGGGUCGCCCGUCGCCGAGGAGGCGUACACGCCCGUCGCCGUCGCCGAGGCCGAGCUCCACAAGAAGGGCGAGGAGGCCCACUACGCGGCCCUGGAGCUUGCCGACGCCGCCGUCGCCGCGGACUACGGGGCCGCCGCGGGGGGCGAGCUGCCGCCGGACUACCCGGACAACCCGGACUACGCGCCCGAGGCCUACGGCGGCGGCGCGCCGCCGCCCGGCGCCGUGCCGCCCGCGGGCUACGCGCCGCCGGGCGGCGAACAGUGGACGCCGCGGUCCUACGCCAUGGCCGCCGCGCACGCGGAGAUGCAGCAGGCGGCCAUCGAGCACCACAUGAUGGAGUCCAUGAUGGCCGAGGCCAUGAUGCGCGAGCACAUCCACGCCGAGAUGGAGCGCGCGGCGGCGACGGGCCAGGACGUCGUCCUCACGCCGCGGUCCUACGAGAUCGCCAUGUCCAUGCACCAGGAGCAGAUGAUGGACCAGGGCGUGGCGCCCAUGGAGCAGAUGGUGGCGCCCGCCGGGGCGACGCCGCGCCUCUCGCCGCGCGACCCGGCGAUCGUGAGCCCGGACAUGGCCGACCUCCCGAGCGACGUCGUCCGCCUGAACACGGACGGCUCCUUCGACAUCAGCCACCAGCCCCUCGUCGACUUCGACGCCGUCGCCGCGCCGCCCGCGCCCGUCAACGGCGCCGCGGCGGACGCCGCCGCGGACGCCGGCGCGGCGGCGCCCGUCGACGACGAGCCGGUCGUCCUCGACGACGAGCCGGUCGUCCUCGACGACGAGCCGGUCGUCCUCGACGACGAGCCGGUCGUCCUCGCCGACGCCGCGGCGCCGCCGGCCGUCGCGCUCGACGCGUCGCCGGCCUCGGAGCCAGACCGCGCGGACUUUGCGUCGCCGCCGCCGCCGGACCACUCGCCGCCGGCGAGCGUCGCGCCCGCGGACAGCGACCUGCAGUCGACGGCGAAGACGCUCGCGUCGCCGGGGUCGGACGCGAGCGAGCCGGCGGCCGCGCGCUUCGACGAGCCGGCGGAGCCGGCGGCCUCGGACGAGCCGCCGCCGGAGGAGGCGGCGGAGCCCGAGCCCGAGGGCCGCGCGAGCUUCGGCCUCGCGGCGCGGGACCCGGAGGCGGCCGCGGAGGAGGCGACGAUGGCGGCCUUCGGCGAGAACCCGGAGGAGGACGCGGCGAUGAUGGCGGCCAUCGGCGUCGACCCCGAGGACCGCGCCGCGCUCAUCGCGGCCGCGAACGCGGAGAUCGGCCGCGGCGAGCCCGAGGCCCGGGACGAGCCGGAGGAACCGGCGGCGGCGCUGCGCUGGGACGACGCGGCGGAGCCGCCGGCGGCGCUGCGCUGGGACGCGGCGCCCGCGGAGCCCCCGCUGCGCCACGACCUCGGCGACGACGCGGGCGCGCCGGGCCCCGGCGUCGACGCGGCCGCCGCGCGCGAGCGGCCCAAGGGCGUCGAGCGCGCGCCCCAGGGCGGGUCGCCGCGGCGCGUCGACCGGGGCCGCGGCGGCGACGAGGCCUUCAAGGACGGCGACCUCAAGGAGUCGUCGCCGACGUCCGUGACGUCGCCGCUGCACCGCGAGCGCGACGAGAGCCCGCGCCGCGCGCGCUUCGCGGCGGAGGUGUCGAGCCCGAAGCCGCGCAAGGCGCGCUUCGGCACGCCGCCGCCGCGCGACGACGACGCGCGCGAGGCCCGCGUCAAGGUCGCCGGCGGCACGCCGCCGCCCGGCGGCCGGAAGGCGCGCUUCGCGAGCCCGCCGCCGGCGGACGACGACGACGCGCGCGAGUCGCCCCAGCCCGACGCGUCCGAGCUCCACGAGCGGCGGCGCGCGCGCUUCGACGACGAGCCGCCGCCGCGGGGCGUCCAGUUCGAGUCGGGCAAGAAGAAGAAGCGGAAGGCGCGCAAGUCGCCGCGGUUCCCCGACGACGCGAUGGCGACGCGGCCCGCGGGCCAGUCGCAGACGCCGGGCAACCCCGAGGACCCGGACGCGGCGCCCAUCGUCCAGGUCCAGUUCUUCGCCGCGCCCGAGGCCGUCGAGGAGGCCGCGAAGCGCAAGGCCGCGAACCGUGCGAAGCGCCGGGCCCAGGAGGAGGCCGAGGCCAAGAGCCUCCGCGCGCGGGGGCGCCUGAGCGUCCUCGAGGCGCGCCUCGCGGCCCUCGAGCGCGACGCCGCGGAGAAGCGCGGCGACGACUCCGCGUCCCCCGCGAAGCGGCGGAGCCGCGGCUCGUCGCCCCGAAGCGCCGUCGACGUCGAGCAGAGCGCGAGCGACCUCAGCGCGGCGACGACGGACGGCGGCGGCGCGCGGGCGGCGUCGGCCGACGACGACGUGCGCGACGGCUUCCUUUUGGCCUUCCUCGUCGCGUCGGGCGUCGACGCGCCGCGCGCCGUCCGCGCGGCCGCGCGGCUCCGCGACGCCAACUGCGGCGACUUGGCGUCCUUCGCGGCCAUCUCGAGCGCGACGCUCCACGCUGUGCUCCACGCCGCCGGGCUCCGGAGCCACGAGAUCCGCCAGCUGCUGCGCUCCGCCAAGCUCGCGCGGUCCGCGCUCCGGUCGUCGCCGCGGAAGCGCCUGCCCAAGAUCCGCGACAAGAACCUGCGCUCCAAGUCCGCCCAGGACCAGGCGAGCUCGGCCUACGGCCGCGGCGUCAAGCCGUCCAUCGAUCCGACGUCCUGGGCCAAGAAGCGGAAAGAACAGGUUCUGUCCGCGGAGCGCCGGCGGAAGAUCCGCCAGACCGAGUAA